GAGACGAUCAUGACAGCAACCGCUGUGUCAGCUGCGAUCGGCUCUCUGAUAGUUGGAAUCUUUGGAAAUGCUCCUCUUGGGCUGAUGCCUGGAAUGGGGCUGAACGCGUACUUUUCAUUUGGACUCUGCCGGGCCUUCAACCUGACUUUUGGGCAGGCCAUGAGCUGUUGCUUUGUCAGCGGCGCUGCACUCUUGCUUUUGGCCGUUCUGGGCGUUUGUCAGUGGAUAGUUACCACAGUCCUAUCGGAGCAUUUGAAGAAAGCCAUCACUGUGGCCAUAGGAGUUUUCCAGGCCCUCAUUGGCUUUCAAGUCAUGGGCUUGGUGGUGGCUUCACCGAAUACGCUGGUUCUGUUGCGGAGCUCUUACAGGUCAAACAAGCAGCUUUAUUUGGCUUUAGCCGGGUUUUGCUUGAUCUCAGCCAUGCUGGUGAGCAGACUCCAUGGGGCACUGCUGGUAGGUAUGGCCUCAUGGGAAUUGCUGGCCUUUUGGAGGAUGGAAACGUGCCCAGGAGCCAGUCGAUCUUUUCAAGCGCUGCUCUUUCGACGAUGUGUGGAGCGGUUCUCGGAACAAGCCCCGUGAUCAUUGCGAAUGAGAGCAGUGCUGGCAUCAUUGAGGGUGCAAGAACUGGAUUGUCGGCAACAGUGGUUGCCUGUCUGUUUGUGGCAUCUGCCUUCCUCACUCCUGUGCUCAGCUCAAUCCCUCGCGUUGCAACAUCUGUUCCUCUGGUCCUCAUCGGUGCCUUCAUGAUGGCACCUUGCCGAGGUAUUGAUUGGGACAAUCUGAGAGCAGCAAUUCCGUCUUUCCUUACUAUCACUGUUGUGCCUUUUACAUACUCAAUCCACAAUGGUAUCAUUGCAGGAAUCCUCAUGGAUGCGUUCUUGAUGAUCUCAGCUGGCAAGGUUCGGUUCAGCUCGAAGUGUCUCGCUGUACUGUUCAAUUGA